CACUGCUCCUCACUAAACACCAGCAGCCCUCCUCUCGCGCCUUUCCUACGACCAACUGCUCCUCCUCUUUCCACUUCACCGUACUGAUGGACUUUGAGACUAUUGAGGAACGUGACGGCGUUCGUUUCUCGUGGAACGUUUUCCCCUCAGGAAAAGCUGAGAACUCCCGGCUCGUGAUUCCAAUUGCGUCUCUUUAUCGUCCUUUAAACGAUCGUUCCGAUGUUCCUACGGUGUUUUAUGAACCCGUUGUUUGUAAAGCUCCUUGUCAUGCAGCUUUGAAUCCUUACUGUCAAGUGGAUACCCGCGCAAAAUUUUGGAUUUGUCCUUUCUGUCUCCAACGAAACCCAUUACCACAUCAGUACAAGGACAUUUCCAGUUCCAAUUUGCCGAUUGAGCUUAUGGGUCAAAGCACGACCAUUGAGUACACCCUUUCUCGUCCGGUGAAGUCGCCUCCGGUGUUCUUGUUCGUAAUGGACACAAUGCUUGAUCAAGUUGAGUUGCAGGCUCUCAAAAGUUCCAUCAUCGUCACGUUGAGUCUGCUUCCACCCGACGCCAUUGUCGGUCUCAUCACCUUUGGUUCGUUCGUGCAGGUACACGAAAUCUCUUCUGAGCUUAUGGCCAAGUCGUACGCGUUUGGCCCAAAUGUUCCCUACACGCCCAAACAACUUCAGCAACUUUUGGCUCUCACCGGUGCACAGUACACGGCACAUACUCGCUCAGCAGCCAUCCAAGAAACUGGAGUGCGUCUGAACUUGGGCGCGGCUGGACGUUUCUUGAUGCCUGUCCAGCAAUGCGAAUUCCAAAUCUCUAACAUCCUCGAACAGCUCCAGCCCGAGGUGUCCAAUGUUCCUACCGGCCAACGUCCCAAACGUUGCACGGGCGCUGCUCUUAACAUAGCGGCUGGUCUUUUAGAGCUUACCAGUCGAAACACCGGUGCGAGAGUAAUGCUGUUCGCCGGUGGUCCUUGUACGGUUGGAGCGGGACAGGUCGUUUCUCUUGAGUUGAAAGAGCCUAUGCGUUCUCACAGCGAUAUCAUCAUGAACAAAGCUCAGCAUUUCAAAAAGGCCUCAAAGUUCUACACCGGUUUGACUCAACGCUUUGUCGAGUCGGGCCACACGGUGGACAUUCUCAUCGGUUGUCUUGAUCAAAUUGGUUUGAUGGAGAUGGAAUGUCUCGUGAAUCGCACGAAUGGAAACGUUGUUCUUUCUGAUUCCUUCAAUACUUCCAUCUUUAAACAAAGUUUCCAGCGCAUCUUUUCCCUUGAUGCUGCUGGAUUUUUACGCAUGGGCUUCAACGCAUCUAUGACCAUCAAAUCAUCUGCGGACUUAAAGGUUGCUGGUCUUGUUGGUCAUGCUACGUCCGUUAACAAAAAAGCAUCCAACGUUAGUGAUGUGUCCAUUGGUUUAAGCGGAACAAGCACGUGGAAAAUGUGUUCGUUGUCUCCUUCUUCUUGCUUUGCUAUCUAUUUCACCAUUGCCAAUCAGUCCUCUGACGCCAUCGUCCAAGCGAAGCAAGGUUAUGUACAAUAUUUGACUUACUACCAGCAUUCGUCGGGCACCCAGCGACUUCGUGUAACAACGAUUGCCCGUCCCUUCUCCAAUAUGAAGCUCAACAACAUUGCAGCCUCCUUCGACCAAGAGGCUGCUGCUGUUCUCAUUGCACGAAUGGCUUUGUAUCGUGCCUUGUCCACGGAUGGUAUUUCUAACCUCCGAUUCCUUGAUCACACAUUGAUUCGACUCUGUCAAAACUUUGCGGAGUAUCGAAAAAAUGAACCUGAAACGUUCAGACUUCAGCCCAAUUACACGUUGUUCCCUCAGUUCAUGUUUCAUUUACGCCGGAGUCCCUUCUUCCAAGUCUUUAACAAUUCGCCUGACGAAACUUCUUUCUAUCGACACAUUUUGCAAGUCGAAGAUGUGAACAACUCACUCAUUAUGAUCCAACCUACGUUACAGUCUUACACCUUUGAAAAUCCCGAGGGUGUUCCUGUCCUUUUGGACUCUAUGUCUAUUCGUCCUGAUGGCAUUCUGCUACUUGAUACCUUCUUCCACAUUCUUAUUUUCCAUGGAAGCACGAUUGCCCAAUGGAGAAACGCUGGUUACCAAGACCAGCCCGAAUAUGCCAACUUCAAAGAACUGCUUGAAGCACCGCGUUUGGAGGUUACGGAGCUGCUUCACGAUCGUUUCCCUAUUCCCCGUUUCAUUGUUUGUGAUCAAGGAGGCAGUCAGGCGCGUUUCCUUUUGUCUCGUAUUAAUCCCUCUGUCUCUCAUAAUGAUUCGUUUGGUUAUAACAGUGGCCCCUCUGAAGCUGUUCUUACCGAAGACGUCAACUUACAAAAGUUUAUGGAGCAUUUGCGCAAGGUGUCUGUCUCUUCAUGAUCCGUCUUCUCUUGUAAAGAGAGUUAUAACGACCUGUAUUCUGCUGGAAAAUAUCCAUCUUCCUUAGCACGUCUUUACCUCGUGUAUGUUCUCUUAGUAUCCUGUUUAAUUAAAAUUCUUCUUUGUUCCAACAAAGUGUUAUAGGGGAAAUGAAUAGUCAAAUUGAACGCUUAAGGACUGUAAAUUGUUGUUUCUGCUAUAUUGAAUUGAUGAAAUAUCUUUCCGCG